AUGGAAGCGCGAUGGACACAAUCAUCAGUCAUCUCCUGGUGCUGGGAACGCCUCGCAACAUGAGGACCAUUAUUUUAGUGUCAUUCGUGGCUGCGUUGAGCGUGGCAGCUGCUGCUCCUGACGGUUGCUGUGGUGGAAGCCAUGGAGGCGGAGGCCACGGAGGUGGAGGAUAUGGAGGAGGGGGUGGAGGAGGCGGUGGCCAUGGAGGCGGAGGAGGCAGAGGCGGCAGAGUGGUGAAAGCAGAGCUGGUCGGAGUUGGCACUCUUCCCAGCACCGGAGGAGGAGGUGGAGGCUCAGGAGGCUAUGGUUCCAGCGGAGGUGGCUCUCGAGGCGGCCACGGCAGAUCCAGCGGUGCCAGCAUUGUCCGAGCUGAGCUGGUCGGAGUUGGCACUCUUCCCAGCACUGGAGGGGGAGGAGGUGGAGGCUCAGGAGGCUAUGGUUCCAGCGGAGGUGGCUCUCGAGGCGGUCACGGCAGAUCCAGCGGUGCCAGCAUUGUCCGAGCUGAGCUGGUCGGAGUUGGCACCCUUCCUAGCACUGGCGGAGGAGGAGGUGGAGGAUCAGGAGGUUAUGGUUCCAGCGGAGGUGGCUCUCGAGGCGGCCACGGCAGAUCCAGCGGUGCCAGCAUUGUCCGCGCUGAGCUGGUAGGAGUUGGCACUCUUCCCAGCACUGGCGGAGGAGGAGGUGGAGGCUCAGGAGGCUAUGGUUCCAGCGGAGGUGGCUCUCGAGGCGGCCAUGGCAGAUCCAGCGGUGCCAGCAUUGUCCGGGCACAGCUGGUUGGUGUUGGCAGCCUUCCCUCAGGCGGGGGCAGUGGCCACGGUUCCACCGGUGGGGGAUACGGCGGUGGAAGCGGCUGGUAAAACGUUAUUCUUGCAAAUGGGCAGGUUUCCAAAGACGUUACUAAUUUCAAAACAGGAAUACCACUUUAGUAUUGAUAUUGUUGAGUAAGAAUAAAAGGAAAAUAAAAAUGUCCGCACGAUGUUUAU